CGGCGGGGAUGCGGCAUGGCUCUGGGCGCCGUGAAGAUGCCGCCGCCGUGCGAGAGCGCGGAGCUGGCGCGGAGCUGGAGCCCCGGCGGCGGAGCCCGCGACCCGCCGCCGCCGCCGCCGGUGCAGCUGCGGCAGAAGCUGCGGGUGCUGCCGGCGCUGCUGCGGAGCGGGCUGACGCUGCGGAGGAAGAGCGCCGCCGCCGCCGGCCGGACCCUGUCCAGAAGAAUUUCAAAUCCAUAUUUGGAAACACCUUCAAACAAGAUAUACGGAGAAAGCUCUUCCUGCGCUGGGAGAGCUCUCAGGAAUAUUUUUACACUACAAGCUUCUGACCUGAUUAAAGACAGGGUGUACCUUACUGGAAUUUGCAGGAGAAGCUGUGUUGGAUCGGAACUGGUAGACUGGCUUCUGGAGCACUGCCCUUUUGUUAAGUGCCGAUCUACAGCAGUUGGCGUGUGGCAGCUUCUUCUGGAUAUGGGAAUUGUAUUGUCAGUGGACAGACAACUGUAUUUUCAAGACACUCGUGCUUUCUACCAGUUCUCAGCAGAUGAAUGUACCUACCUUUUCUGUGAAUUUGAGAGAGAUGAAGGAUGGAAGAAUGGCGUAAAGCUCCUACUUCAACUAUUGCCGUUAUCUCCUCCCAGAAUUGACAUGUGCAAUCUGCCUGAUCAAAAAAUAGAAGAUAGAGCAGAAACCAAUGCUGAAAUUCUUGCUCGCCUCACUUCUGCGGUACAGAGAGAACUGUCUGCUGUCAUUGCCUUGAAAGCAAGGAAGUCAGCAAUUCAUCAAAAUGAAGAAGACAGCAGUCAAGAAAUAAGAGGGCUAGAGGAGCUCAAGGAUACGUCUGAUGCUCAGGCAGGGGUUUUGUGCAAGCUUCAGGAAAGAGAUGACAUUGGACGGAUUGAGCUAGUCCAGAAGCUGGCAAGAGAAAACUGUCAGUUUUUGCAGGCGGAUAGAAAACAACCAGAGAAGACAGAACAAGCGGACGAUGGAGGCGGCGGCGAGGCGGCGCGGGAGGCGGCCGGCGCGGCGCUGGUGCUGAGGAAGGUGUGGUCACGCAGCCCGGCCCCCGAGCGGCGCGGGAGAUACGUGGUGGUGUCGGGGACGCCGGAGAAGAUCCUGGAGCACCUCCUCGGCGACCUGCACCUGGAGGCCGCCCAGGACAAAGAGACGGAAACUCUCCUGGAUGACUUUCUUCUCACAUACACAGUCUUCAUGACGACUGAUGACUUGUGCCAGGCACUUCUGAGGCACUAUUGUGCUAAGAACCAGCGAGGUAAAGAAGAGGACUCUGAUGUAUCCUGUAGGAAACGAAAAGUCUUGCAUUUGGUGUCUCAGUGGACUUCUCUCUACAAAGACUGGUUACAUGAAGAUGAACAUUUAAAGCAGUUUUUAAAGACAAUAUACAGGAAUGUGUUAGAUGACGUGUAUGAAUAUCCCAUUCUUGAGAAGGAGCUGAAAGAAUUUCAAAAGAUACUUGGAAUGCAUCGUCGUCACACUGUAGAUGAAUAUUCACCUCACCGAAAGAAUAAAACCUUUUUCCACCAAUUCAGUCUAAAAGAGAACUGGCUGCAGCACAGAGGAACCAUGAAUGAAACAGAAGAAAUUUUCUGCCGUGUGUAUAUAACAGAGCACUCCUAUGUCAGUGUAAAAGCUCAAGUAUCCACUUCAGCUCAGGAGAUACUGAAGAUCGUAGCAGAAAAGAUCCAGUACACGGAGGAGGAGUUGGCGCUGGUUAUAGUCACCUUCUCUGGCGAAAAACAUGAACUACAACCAAAUGACCUGGCUAUCUCAAAAUCUUCUGAGUCAUCCAGUCGUAUGUUUGUCUACCGAAAAGAUCUGACUGAUUCUUUGAGUCCGUUUGCUGAAAACGAGGAAUUGCAACAGAGAUCUGUGAGAAUUUUGGGAAUCAACACCUGGGAUCUUGCCUUGGAGUUAACAAACUUUGACUGGAGUCUCUUCAAUGCAAUUCAUGAGCAAGAGCUGAUAUACUUCACCUUCAGCAGACAGGGCAAUGCUGAAAACACUGAGAAUCUCAGUCUUCUGCUUCAAAGAUGCAAUGAAGUCCAGCUUUGGGUUGCCACCGAGAUCCUCCUCUGCAGCCAGCUGUGCAAACGUGUACAGCUAGUGAAAAAAUUCAUCAAGAUUGCUGCCCACUGUAAAGCCCAAAGGAAUCUGAAUUCAUUCUUUGCCAUUGUUAUGGGUCUCAACACUGCGUCUGUCAGCCGACUGUCUCAGACCUGGGAGAAAAUUCCAGGGAAAUUCAAGAAACUUUUCACUGAGCUGGAGAGUUUGACAGACCCUUCUCUGAAUCACAAAGCCUACAGAGAUGCAUUCAAGAAAAUGAAAUCUCCGAAAAUUCCUUUCAUGCCCUUACUUCUGAAAGAUGUUACAUUCAUCCAUGAAGGAAAUAAAACUUUUCUGGAUAACCUUGUUAACUUUGAAAAGCUGCACAUGAUCGCAGAUACUGUUCGAUCAUUGAGACAUUGCAGAAAUAACCAGUUUGGCAAUGAAGUUCCUUCAAAGGAGCAUCAUGAGCUGAAGCCAUACAUCCAUCACCUGCAUGUCAUCGACAACCAGCAAGCUCUGUUUGAGCUUUCUCACAGGAUAGAGCCGCGAGUGUGAGCGUACACAGCUUCAUAUAACCUUGUAACUGCAGCACUUUGAAUUCAGUGAAUGUUUAUGCCAAGCAUGUUGCUUCCCUGUAUACAAACAGUUUACUGAGUUUUAUCAGUAGCUCACGCAACAGACACAGGAGAAUUGAGCAGAGCAAGCAAAGGAGCUGUUCACAGAAUUGCAGGGCAGGCCUGGUGCCAUCACCACUUGGCACAACAGGAGGAGUGGAGCAGCCACCCUUGAGCUCAGGAGCUUGAUCUCUGUGAAAAUAUUGUUUGGUCCAGUGUAGCUUUCAGUGCAGAUUCUGACAGUAUUAGACUGAAAGGAAGCAUCCUGUCACAGCCGCAAAACAUUUCAGCAAGCAACGUGCAGCAAGGGGAUUCGCAGUUCACCACAGUACGUACCUCACUAAUUCAAGGCUGCCAAAGUUUUGUUGCCAAAAAUACUGUGCAAUCCAUGCAGCUUUCCUGAGUGCGCCGGAGCAUCUUACUUGAGAUAAGUGCAGACCACCAAGAAUGGGAAUAUAAAAAGACAGUGCACCAUAUGAGACUCACGAGUGUGUCGUAAUUUGAAGGUCAGAAGCAAACAGUUCAUGCUGUUAUGGUCCCUUAAGAGUCUGCUUUAUAAAACGUACUAUCAGAGCUAAUCCACUUUUGUUGCAGUUUAUGGACACAAUUGUUUGUAUACUAAAACUCUUAUUUUCUCCCUUUUCAGUUAUCUCAGAUUUAGUAUUAGCUCCUGCAGUUAACAUGCUGUAAAUUAUUAUAGCAGGAGCUGUUUUGUGCUUGGAUUAUGGCCUCCUUCAUGUCUAUUCAGGUGCAAUGCCUAGGUUCCCUAUGUACCUAACUAACUUCCUGGAAAUACUCUGUUUUAACUCGCACAUGCUUCUAGUUCUUACAGAACAAGUGGGUGCACCUUACAGGGUACCAGUGUAAUUACCUACGUACACACCAGGCUCUCAGUGUUACGGUCCCUGUAGUACUUCUGUCCCUCUCUCACCCCUCCCCUAGCCAAUUUUCAUGAAGCUAAAAGUAGUACUUAUGGGUAUGUUCUGAGAGAACAGUUCUAAAGUCAUACCUACGAUUGACUUACAUCUAAGCACCCCUUCAUCUUAGCUCUGGUUUUCAGUGCUAAGGAGUUGCCCUGAAAUAAUCUAGUGCAUGCCACAGGCAAUGUGCAGUGUGCUGUUCUGUCUAGCAUCUGUUGUGCACCGAUGUACAGUAACAGUCCCUUUGCAGAGCAGGGAGGAUACGCUGCCUCGCUUGCCUGUGUCUGUUGUAAGUUUCCUACAUCAGGAAGACUUCCAAGAAAAUGCUCCUUUACUGAAAUACGGGCCCCCUGAAAUAGCAUGCUCUUUCAUCAUUGUGUGAACUCUGGUUUAAGGGUAUUUAAGAAAAGCAGCUUUAACAAGUAGUCUGUGGGGAAACCUGUAGGAUGCAUUCAGUUUUCCCAUCUGUGAAAUAUUGUAUAGAACUAUUGUAAAGGAAACAAAUGUUUCAGAAAUGUAUUUGCUUGUACUUUGUUAUUAUCAAAUACUAUAUGAUUUUUUUUUUAAGAAAAAAAUCUUCUUUUUACCCAGUAAAAAGAAAAAAAUAAACUCUUGCUGGCCAUGGAGUAAAAAUUUCCUAUGUUCUUCUGUAGAUGUGACUGCACAUAUUGUAAAUAACUCCUUUUGUGCAAACAGACCAAAACUGUUCAGAUCAGGAUACUAACUGGAGUGGACUCCUUUUUGCAGUGUAAAAACACAAACCACAAAUGGUGUUUGUUUCUUGUUUUGUUGCUGCAGUUUUUCCUCUGGCUACAGUACUCUCUGAACCCCCUGCAUUGCUGGGGUUGUUUGCUGGUUCUUGAGCUCCCCCUUGUGAAAUCCUUUUAUUGCAGCAUAAUUUUCAGGAGCCUGCAUGUAGACCUGAUUGUGUGCUUUGGUUCAUUUGCAGUAACACUUUAUUCCACCGGUUGUUCUAUUGAAAAAUGUGGAAAAAGAGCAUAAGAAGGUUUGCAGUGCGAGAAAGUGGGCUCAACUCUCAGUUCCCUGCACUUUUGGCUCUGUAAUAGUCUUGGUAGUUACAGCUGGUGAAGCAGCAGUGGUGCUAGAAAAAAACAAAAGACCACGAAAUGAAAGAAGGGAGGGAAAAAAGAAGAAGAAAAGAAAAAAAGACUCUAUGCUCAAGCUUUGAUUUGAAAGUAUGCUACAGCCAGCUUGAGGGCUCCUCUCGCUGCCAGUUCAGACUGGUCUCAAGUACAUUGAUGGGCUGACUUCGUUCCAGCAGGUUUCAAGCCAGAUUAGGUAUCAGCUGUCUGCAGUGCUGUAACUUUAUACUAAAUCAGGUAUUGUCUACCCAUUGCAGCUGGCAUAAAAUCAGUUUGAAGGCACAAAGCCAACAUUAACUCUGUAAUCUGUGUUCUGGCUAAUUGGACUAUUGUUUGAAACAUUACAAACCAGUUUUCAUAGUGGCCUUUAUUAUUUGGAUACAACUUUCAGGUCUAAGGGGCCAACUUUGGUGCAUGGAUUUCACACUGAGAAUCUGGACCUUUUAACUCUAACUUUAAUAGAAGGGCAAGUAGCCUGAACCUGUAGUUCAUGUGUCUAACAAAUAAAGGCCCAUCGGAGUCUUCGUUUGACAGCUGAAGGAUUGCAGAGCUGGACUUCAGACUGGCAAGCAGUUUGAAGGCGUGGUGUUUGGGAGGAGAGUUAGAAAUAAACCCUGUGAAAAAGAGGGGAACACUAUGUGGCCUCUCCCACGUUCAAAGACUGCUAAUAUUGUGGGGUUUAAUCAUAUUUACCUCCCCAACAGCACAAUUAUGUAAGAUAAAAUCCAUGAAUCUCUUAAGUUCAAUCUACCAUGAUCACACCUGGGGUUAUAUUUUCUGCAUGUUUUCUUGAGUAGCUAGGAGGAGUAAUAAGGCAAAACAAAGUAAAAAGCUGGGUCACUCUAUAGCUCUUUGAUGUGGGAUUUUGCUGCAUCAAAUUUAGAUGCUCCUAUGACUCAUCCUUUUGAUUCCAGCCCCAUCUCCAUACUAAAUUCCAUUUGCAUGACAGUAGCAAAAACAAAAAGUGUUACUAGAUAGAAAAAGACAUAUGCUGCUGUAAAAUUACGAAGAAAGAUGUAAAUACUAAACAUUUUAGCAGAGAAAUAUUUAUUUGCAUAGCCUAUUUAUUGUCAUCUUAUUACACUGUUAAGAAAUACCGGGAUGAGGUCAAUGAGCUGAGGUAAGAACAGCUGCCUGUUAUGUUCUCUCCGAGUGCCAUAAUGCUGUCAUCUUGCAUUAACAGUAACAAAAUAGAAAACCCCAAAUCAAGGUAUUUACCUAAAUUCUCAGGGACUACAGCUAGUAGUUAUCCACCAUUAUGAGACCUGGUAUGUAUGAAAUAGUCUGAUUUACCAGAAUCAAUGUUGCCAAUGUUUUCUUUUUCAUAUUUCAUGCUUGUCUGCCUCUGUACAUAUUACUGUGUUGUGUAUUUAUGAAAGCUAGUAAGCAAUAAUUUAUAUGUCAAAAUGGCCAAGCAAUACAAGGUUAAAACUUGUAGAAGCAACUGUUACAUUUAUCUUGCAUUUUCCAGUGUUUUUUAAUAUUGCUUUUCAAAAUAUAAAAACUACCUUAAUGAA